AUGUCAAUGACACCAUCCGAGGUCGGCACGCACAAACUCGAACAUCCCAGCCUCCGGUCCCAGAGGAACCCGAAUUUCCAGCUUCGUUUCAUGCUGGCUUUUUCGGCUAUCGAGAUCACGAACGGCCUUUUGCCCAGGGUAGGAGCAAUCGAGAAGACUACGAGCGUGCGCGAAGAUACCGCCGAGCUCGCCUCAUAUGCCCUCUCGGACAGGAAGCACGACCAGAGUCGCGCCCUAAACUUGCCACGAUCCCGCUCCCCGGCCCAUUCAUCCGCCUCACCGCUUCUCGAGGCGGCGGAUCGCGACCGCGGCAGCCCCGCGGCGAGAGAGCGGUUGCGGAGGUCCAGCUUUACGCAAAUCGCACCCGCCUUUCAAGCCUCCGAGGGUCGAGAUGGCAGCCCCCAAGAUGGACCGUCUAUGCUUAGCAACUUGCUGAGGGGUCACCUUACGAAACAACCAACGGAGUACGGAACCCGCGAUGCGGAUUACGACGGCCGCAGCAUCGAACCCUCCGAUUCCGAACAUAGUGACGGCGACGGCGACGGCGACGAACUCACUGCCGAUGACUGGGAUGCGGGCAGUGGUAGCCGCCUGAGGCGGCACUCUUCGAGAUUAGAGACCGUUCCGGAGGUUGACGAGCAUUCGCCUCUUCUCGCCCACUCUGGGUCAAAGCGAGGCCGGCGUGCUCCCAGAAGAAGGAGUGGUGGGAGCGAAGGUGUCGAUAUCGAAGCCCAACAAGCGAAUAGCUCACGCUCCAAAAUCCUCAACGGUCCCAAGCAGUUUAGGCGCCGUGCUACCGCCCGGGUGUCUCAAUAUGCCGGAAUGCUCUUACACCCUGGGAAAUGGGAUGGCCGGGCAAUCUGGGAGCCGCCGUGGUGA